AUGCCGACGAGCCAGAAGUCCUAUGGAGGACCUCACCCACGAACCAGUAAUGCGGUGAACAGUGAAAACUGGGGGAGGCCCAAGUAUGGGAAACAUCAUAAGCCAAGGAUAGCUCCGGUGGACAACGAGGAAAAACUAGAACAAUCCUGGAACAUACACGCAGUACUUUAAUGCCAUCGUCGGCAUCAACAACAUAUAAUCUAACUAUAUCUAGAUUCCACCGACCAUAAACUGUAAAUGUAUUGCGUAUAAUAAAACUUCUAAACCUUGUCAUAUCCAUGCCUUACCCUUGUUCUAUUAUUGUUUUAGCCUAGCUUAGCCCUAACCUAGUCCUAUCUUUUGCCUUCUUUUGAUCCACACAUAAUUGGUUUUUUACCUUCACCUUACGCUGGUCCUGAAAUAACUUAUUAUUUUUCUCUAACCGUACCCUACUUUACCCGCGCUUUCAAUUUGCUCUACUCUAGUCCUGCUCAUGCUCUAACUUACGUUCUUUUCUACGCCCUCCCCUUCCCCUCUUUUUCUACAGUAUAAACUAACAAAUUAAAAACUAAAUUUAAAAAAAUACAAACAAAAGGUUUCGACUUUGUCGUAUUGACAAAAAAAUAAAGUUUGCACAGCUUCUAUAAACUUAAUAAUGUACAAAUGUUGUCAUAUGACUAAUUGUGAUGAAAAUCUUUCCUUCAAACUACAAAAAGUGAUUGACUAACAAUUUUUUAUAUUGCUGAUUUCAAAAUAAAGAUAGAGUACCAUUACUGUAUAUAUUCUCUAAACAUCCUUUUGCAAAGAAAUUGCAAAUUGCAUUAUCUUAAUGGUAUACGUUGUAAACAAUUUGUUAAAAUUCAAAAACUUAAAAGCUGCUUACGUUGUACACUGUUCACAAUAUACUUAAAAUUCUGAAGAAAUCAUGUACGUGCUAAAUUUAAAAGUUUUAAAACAUUUUUGUUUACUUUACCAUACUCGUAGCCCAACUUGUCUUUAUAACGCAUUAAGAUGCCAUACUCUAGACUUACUAUAGUACCUAUGUCUUUGUUUGUCUUAUUUUCGUCUUACUUUUGCCCUACCAUUGCGCUAGGUUUGCCUUUUAUUCUACCCAUGCUUUAGUUUGGCGUUUCAAUUGCCUUGUCCUGACGUUCCCUUUGCCCUGGUUCAGCUUUACAUUUGCCUUCGCCUUGCAGUAGCCUAGACUUGCCUUUACUAUAUCUUAUUGUUCCCUUACCCCACAUCCAUCAUAACCGAAUCCUAAAGGCAAAACAUCAAAUCCCAAGUUCUACAAUGCAUCUGUCAAAUUUUAUACAACACCAAUCGUAGACAAUAAGUCGUUGUUUUGCAAAAGCAAUUGUUUACAAAAAAAAACUGAAAAAAUAAACAAGAUACUGUAAUUGCGGAAAGAAAUUUAAUUUUUUAAAUGUCACGUACAGUUUUAUGUUGACAUAUGGUUUUACAACACAUUAAAAACAAAAUUUUGAGCCAAAUUUGUUUUGCUAAACUUUUGAAAAAUUAAUUUUUUAUGACUUGAGGGCGUAUAACAGCUACCGUAUGGCUUACAGUAGGAAACGUAACUUUAUCUUUUUGUAAAUUUUAUUAAAUUGUCCUACCGUACGUACCCUACCGUACCCUACGCUGACCUACCUUACCCUACCCUACCCUACCCUACCCUACCCUACCCUACCCUACCCUACCCUACCCUACCCUACCCUACCCUACCCUACCCUACCCUACCCUACUCUACCCUACCCUACCCUACCCUACCCAACACUACCCUACCUUACCUUACCCUACCCUACCCUACCCUACCCUACCCUGCCCUACUCUACCCAACACUACCCUACCUUAUCUAACCUUACCUAAAAUUUGUAAAAAGAGUUACAGUACUCUUUUACACAUAAAACUCACAUACACCGUCACAAAUUUUGAUCUCUUUUGGUCACCAACAUUUGCCAUUUAAUACUACUGACUCACCAAUGGCAUUUGAGUUGCUCAGCAUCUAAAUAUACACAAUAAAUGCUUUGGAUAAUACAGACAAAGAUUUAAGAUUGAGUCAUGUCUGUGUAUUUUAAAUUCUUGAAAGUAAAAAAAACUUCGAGAAUGUCUGCAUUUGUAGAGUUUUAUAUUUUUGUUUGGUGCCAAUGUGUUAUGUUAUGUUAAAUACUGUAGUUUGUACAUAAAAUGUAAAAACGAGGCAGGGCUGAAGUAAUCUUAGUGUUUUUUAGAAAAAAACUAGAGCUGGGACUAGGGCUGAGGUUGAGGCUGGGCCGGGUUCUGAGACUAAAUCUGAGACUGGUGCUUGAGAUGGGGUUGGGGCUGGGGCUCAUGCUGAGCUACGGUUGGAGAUAAAACAUGAGCUAAAACUGGGGCGAAAGAAAAGUCCAAAACCUUGAUGUUAAGGGUAACUUUAAGCCCGAGCCUAAGCCUUAGCUUAGGCCUGAGCCUGAGCCUGAGCCUGAGUCUGAGCCUGAGCCUGAGCCUGAGCCUGAGCCUGAGCCUGAGCCUGAGCCUAAGCCUGCGCCUGAGCUUGAAUCUGAGCCUGAGCCUGAGCCUGAGCCUGAUUCUGAGCCUGCGCCUGAGCUUGUGUUUGAGCUUGAGCUUGAGCCUGAGCCUGAGCCUGAGCCUGAGCUUGUGUUUGAGCUUGAGCUUGAGCCUGAGCCUGGGUUUGAGCCUGAGUUUGAGCCUGAUUCUGAGCCUGAGCUUGAGCUUGAGCUUGAGCCUAAGCUUGGGCUUAAGGUUGAAGCUGAGGCUGAGGCUGAGGUUCAGGCUGAGGCUCAGGCUAUACCUGGGACUAGGGUUAAGGUUGGGAAUGGAGCUAACAAGGGAAUGUUACAAACUGUCCAUUCGCUUUUUAAAAAUGAAUGGUACUAUGUGAAAGAGCGUAAAAAGUUGACUAGAAAUCUAUUUUCAAAAACUGCCAAAUUCGCUUUACUAGCCCGCUAG